AUGGAGAGCAACAACAAAGACAACGAAAACGAAGACAUGAUCAGUGACUUGACCAAUGAAGUUAUCCUUCACAUACUGUCCUUUUUGAACACCAAACAGGCCGUUCAAACUUGCAUUUUGUCUAAAAGAUGGAUCAAUCUCUGGAAGACUCUUCCCACUCUUAUAUUCAGUUCAAACCAUAUGACCUUCGAAAGUUAUAAAGUAUUCCUGUCUCAGUUUUUGUUUCUACGAGAUCACUCAACUAAUAUCCACACUCUCCAUAUGAGUAGCAAUUAUACAGUGUACGAUAGACAAUUCAAAGAGGCUAUAAAAUAUGCUGUUUUACAUAAUGUCAAACACUUACAACUCGAUGUACCUAAUAUUGAAUGCUUCCCGUCUUGCUUCUUUUCAUGUCUGACUUUAACGUCUCUUAAUCUUUCUGCUCACUACAAAAGAUUGUUUAAUAUGGACCAGCCACAAAUAUUUCUAGAUUCUCUGAAUUUGCCAUCAUUAACCAAAUUGUCUCUAAAGUACUAUGCCUUUCGUGGCAACACUGAUGAUUGUGCCGAGCCCUUUUCGACAUUUAACAUGUUGAAUACUUUGAUCAUUGAUCGUUGUGUAGUCCGUAGAACAUCAAACCUUCGUAUUUCAAAUGCCAAGCUUGUCAAUUUAACUAUACAUUGUUUUCCUAAUGCCUAUCCCUUCACCUCUUCAGGAUUAGCCUCUUUCAGAAUAGAGUUAUAUUAUGCUCCAAGUCUUCGUACCUUUACUUUUACCGGUGAAAAUAUUCUGAAACUUUUUGGGAGCAACAAUGUUUUCUCUUCUAUCAAACAUCUAAAUAUUCAUUUACCCUGUUGUCUGAAUCCAAAGAACCAUUCAUCAAUUCUACUCGAUUGGCUGUUUAAGCUUGCUACUAUCGAAUCUUUGACAAUCUCUUCAGAUACUCUUACGGUACUUUAUAUUAAACCAUUAAUGGUACUUUUUAUAUUGCAUUUAUGA